AUGUCCCAAGCAGCGAGCGCAGCAGCCAACCAGGGUAUGUCCAAGUGGCAGAAGUUCCUCAACCACGAAGUCGGACCAAAGACCGUCUUCUUCUGGGCACCCGUCGCCAAGUGGGGCCUUGUCGCCGCCGGUGUCAAGGACCUGCAGCGUCCCGCCGACAAGCUUUCGCUGUCGCAGAACCUCGCGCUUGCCGCGACCGGCUUCAUCUGGGUGCGUUACUGCAUGGUUAUCACGCCCGUCAACUACGCGCUUGCCGCAGUCAACUUCUUCGUCGGCACCACAGGCCUCGUGCAGCUGGGCCGCAUCUACAAGUGGCGCCAGGACCACCCAGUGCUCGCCGCGAUUGAGGACAAGGUUGGCUCGAACAAGUAG